GUUAGCUCAUUGACUCCGAGGACCGUUCAGAUGAUAGUACCGCGCCUUAAUAGAAUUGUCUUCAUCGCUCUCCAGCGCUUUCAGUACCACUGCAGUUUCCCACAAUCUCAUUCUUUUCGGCUUUGUACUUUUGUACAUUCUCUUCAGAAAACAGAAGAUCAGACUAGCUCUAACUUCUAUUUAUAAAGAACUCUUCCUCUGAACUUGUGAUGUUUCAUCAUAUGUACAACUGAGAACCUUUUAGAUUGCUGUUACUGGACCAAAAAGAUGACAUCUAUUAUUAAAUUAACUACCCUGUCUGGGGUCCAAGAAGAGUCUGCCCUUUGCUAUCUUCUGCAGGUUGAUGAGUUUAGAUUUUUAUUGGACUGUGGCUGGGAUGAGCACUUUUCUAUGGAUAUUAUAGAUUCCCUGAGGAAGCAUGUUCAUCAGAUUGAUGCAGUGCUGCUGUCUCACCCUGACCCUCUCCAUCUUGGUGCCCUCCCUUAUGCUGUGGGAAAGCUGGGUCUGAACUGCGCUAUCUAUGCAACCAUUCCUGUUUAUAAAAUGGGACAGAUGUUCAUGUAUGAUCUUUAUCAGUCUCGACACAAUACAGAAGAUUUUACACUCUUUACGUUAGAUGAUGUGGAUGCAGCCUUUGAUAAAAUACAGCAGCUAAAAUUCUCUCAGAUUGUGAAUUUGAAAGGUAAAGGACAUGGCUUGUCUAUCACACCUCUGCCAGCUGGCCAUAUGAUAGGCGGAACAAUAUGGAAAAUUGUCAAAGAUGGAGAAGAAGAAAUUGUUUAUGCAGUUGAUUUCAACCACAAGAGGGAGAUCCACUUGAAUGGAUGUUCCCUGGAAAUGCUAAGCAGACCCUCUCUACUCAUCACAGAUUCAUUUAAUGCUACUUAUGUGCAGCCUAGAAGGAAACAGAGAGAUGAACAGCUACUGACAAAUGUCCUGGAAACCCUUCGAGGUGAUGGGAAUGUAUUGAUAGCCGUGGAUACUGCAGGCAGAGUUUUGGAACUUGCUCAGCUUCUUGAUCAGAUUUGGAGAACUAAAGAUGCAGGAUUGGGUGUUUACUCACUGGCACUCCUAAAUAACGUCAGUUAUAAUGUGGUGGAGUUUUCUAAGUCCCAGGUAGAAUGGAUGAGUGAUAAAUUGAUGAGAUGUUUUGAAGACAAAAGAAAUAACCCAUUUCAGUUUCGCCAUCUUUCUUUAUGCCAUGGUCUGUCGGACUUGGCUCGAGUACCCAGCCCCAAAGUUGUGCUUGCCAGCCAGCCUGACCUGGAAUGUGGAUUCUCAAGAGAUCUCUUUAUUCAGUGGUGUCAGGACCCUAAAAACUCAAUAAUUCUAACUUACAGAACUACUCCUGGGACUUUAGCACGUUUCCUGAUUGAUAAUCCUUCUGAAAAAAUUACAGAAAUAGAGCUGAGGAAACGUGUGAAGCUUGAAGGGAAAGAACUUGAGGAAUACUUGGAAAAAGAGAAACUAAAGAAAGAAGCUGCUAAAAAACUUGAGCAGUCAAAAGAGGUGGAUAUAGAUUCCAGUGAUGAGAGUGAUGUUGAGGAAGAUAUUGACCAGCCAUCGGCUCAUAAGACAAAGCAUGACCUGAUGAUGAAAGGUGAAGGUAGUCGUAAAGGAAGCUUCUUCAAACAGGCAAAAAAGUCUUAUCCUAUGUUUCCUGCCCCAGAAGAAAGAAUUAAAUGGGAUGAAUAUGGAGAAAUUAUCAAACCAGAGGAUUUCUUAGUGCCAGAACUUCAAGCUACUGAAGAAGAAAAAAGCAAAUUAGAAUCUGGUUUGACAAAUGGAGAUGAGCCCAUAGAUCAGGAUUUAUCUGAUGUUCCGACUAAGUGUAUUUCUACAACAGAAUCUAUUGAAAUAAAAGCCAGGGUUACUUACAUAGACUAUGAAGGACGCUCUGAUGGAGAUUCCAUUAAAAAAAUCAUUAAUCAGAUGAAACCACGCCAGCUGAUAAUUGUCCACGGCCCACCAGAGGCCAGUCAAGAUCUGGCGGAGUGCUGCCGUGCAUUUGGCGGGAAAGACAUUAAAGUGUACAUGCCGAAGCUGCACGAAACAGUCGAUGCUACGAGUGAAACACACAUCUACCAGGUGAGAUUAAAAGACUCACUUGUCAGCUCCCUUCAGUUUUGUAAGGCAAAAGAUGCUGAAUUAGCGUGGAUCGAUGGUGUCCUAGACAUGAGAGUUUCCAAAGUGGACACGGGAGUAAUUUUAGAAGAAGGAGAGCUCAAGGAUGACGGAGAAGACUCAGAAAUGCAAGUGGAUGCUCCUUCAGAUUCCAGCGUGAUAGCACAACAGAAGGCCAUGAAAAGUCUGUUUGGAGAUGAUGAGAAAGAAACGGGUGAAGAGAGUGAGAUCAUCCCUACUUUGGAGCCCUUGCCCCCUCACGAGGUUCCUGGACAUCAGUCAGUUUUUAUGAAUGAACCAAGACUAUCAGACUUCAAGCAAGUUCUUUUACGGGAGGGGAUUCAAGCUGAAUUUGUAGGAGGUGUACUUGUUUGCAACAAUCAAGUAGCAGUCCGAAGAACGGAAACUGGACGCAUUGGAUUAGAAGGCUGUCUUUGUCAAGAUUUUUAUAGGAUAAGAGACCUUUUGUAUGAACAGUAUGCCAUCGUGUAAAGGACAUGAUGUCAAGAAGUAUCUACUUGACCUUUCUAAGAAAAAAGCGUUUUUAUUCUAAGCUUUUGCUCCUUUGUUUUGUAACAUGCGAAAAGAAUCUGCUAGAAAAACUGAACAUGUAUUAAAUUUUUUUAAAUGUAAAUAGAGGACUGGGGAUAUUGCUCAGUGGUAGAGUGCUUCCCUAGCAUGCACAAGGCCUAAGGUUUUAAUCUCCAGCAUCAGAAAAAAACAGAAAGAAGGAAAAAUGAAAAAUGUAAACAGAACCCAUGUUGCUAGUGCAGAAUGAGUGCCCUGCCUUUUGGCUUUCAGAGUGGUAGAGGUCCUAACAGGUGCACAGGUUAGAAUUAAAGAUGAUUGGUUGCCUUUACAGACCCUCGCCUUCAAAGGGCUUUUUACUUGAAUAAAACAAUGCAAUUUAACAAACCAGUUCGUGGCCUUAGAACACGUUUGCAUGUCCUCUUGCAAACAGCUUCUUGUAUAUUCUGAAAUGAAAGAAUUAUUUGGCAAAAGAUGUGCUUCAACAAAACUAAAGUGAUAUAAUAGUUUUUUGAAGAUUAGGUAUUUUUUAAAAAAGUGUAUGUGCUAUCAUUCUUUUCAAUUCUAAUCCGUGUUUUCACGUGUCGUGUAUCUGUUCCAAGCCUAUAGUUUCCAGUGAUUCACUCUAGUGUGAGGUAGUACACAUUUUGUCCAGAAAUCAAUUUUUAUUUUUCUCAUUUCUUGUCUUACUGAUUUUUUUUGUUGUUCAAUUUCAGUUAUUACACCAUCAUUUGAAUAUGUCAUUCAAAGGAACUGCUUGAUGCCUUAGUCUUAAGGGUUCUGCAUACAUUUUAGAUACAACUGUCAGCUGGGUUACUGUAUUUGGAUCUGUUCAGUGCUGUACUUUUAAGAAAAAUGUUGAACUUCACAUUUUUUUUUUAUAAAGUAGCAGUGUAAUUUAAUUAAAAUAUGUAAAUGUUUUCCUCUCUUAGGCUUGCACUCUUCUAAGGUUACUGCAGCAGUGGUUGGAUUUUAUGUACAUUGCUAGAAAAGUAGUACUGAAAUUGGCCGGGCACAGUGCCAUGUGCCUGUGACCUCAGCUAGUUGGGCAGCUGAGGCAGGAGGAUCACAAGUUUGAAACCAGCCUUGAGUAACUGAGCAAGACAUUCUCUCAAAGAGGACCGGAAAUGUAGCUCGGUGAUAGAGCGUUUGCCUAGCUCUACCAUGGGUUCAAACCCCAGUACCGUUGAAAAACAAAACAAAACACUAAAAUUGGAUAAGGUCAUCUUUGCUGUCCUGAUACAGUAUAGACCAUUUGUAUUCAAGAGUAAAACCUGAAUAUAUGCAAUAUACAUUGGAUUUAAGCCAUGAAAGAUACGGUGCCCUAUUGUAAUUUGUUGAUUUUUCCUUUUUAGAAAAGUAAUUUAAUCAUGGCACACCCUGAUGCUUAUUCUCUUUACACUUAGCAUUUUUAAGAGCAUCAGUCUUUGUUAACUUUUGUGGAACUAUGUAUAUUUCAACCCAGUGACAUCAGAAUAGAAUUAAUACUUCAUUCUGUGUCAAAUGCUUACAAAACGUCUGUUGUAGAUUAUAAUAUUAAUACAGAGUUUACAGCCUUCUGAUACUGACAAACCAAUGUUUCAGAAGAUGAAUAUAAAAGGUAUAAUUCCUUUUUAGCAUCUCAAAAAUUUUCUCUCAAACGUUUGGUGCUGUAUAAUUCUAUGUAUAUUCCAGGGGAAAGAAAGUCUGUAUUUCUUUCAUGGUUUAAAGUAUCUGGUUAUACAUAUGCUGAAAAACUUACCUUGUCUACCCUUUCUGUUGACCUGUGAGCAAUAAUGAAACUACAGUACAGAGCUGGGUGUGGUGGCACAUGCCUAUAAGUCAAGCCACUUGGGAGGCUGAGUCAGGAGAAUGGAGUUCAAAGAUAGCCUGGGCAACCCAACAAAACUCUAUUUACACACGUGCAUGGUGCUUGAAGAUUGCCAUGUUAAAUGUCAUUGCAAGAUCAACACUCUUACUUGUUUCUAGAGAGAUGACAGUAUUACUGAAUUUUCUAAAACGAGACCUUUAUUUUGGCAUGUUACUUUAAAACAAUUUUACUAACGACUAUGAGAUACAACAAAGUCAGAGAAACUUUCAGAUCUUUAUUGUUUCAAAGCAAGAAUAAAUACAUGUGGAUUGUUAACUGAUAUCUGCAAGUAGUUUUGUUAAAAAGAAACUGUAUUGUAGUAUUUGUGAACGUAGACAUGUCAGAUAUUUUUGCAGUUAUUUGUAUGCUUUCACCACCCAGUAGGUGACCUGAAACAGAAAUGAGGAGAUCAAUUUUCUAAGGAGGGCCAUUCACCUUUUUAAAAAAUUGAGGUGUAAGGCCGGGAAUUUAGCUCAGUGGUUCCGCCGCCUGCCUCGCAAGCGCAGGGACCUGAGUUUGAUCCCCAGUACAAAAAAGAAAAUUGAGGUAUAGUUUACAUUCCAUAAAAUAUUCAUUCUUUUAAAAUGUACAGUUCAUUUGGUGUAUUUACAGAGUUGUGUGACCAUUAUUCUACUGUCUACUUUCAGGACGUUUUCAUCAUUCCGAAAAGAAACCCCGUACUUAUUAGUACUUAUUCCCUAUUUUCCCUUCUCCCUAGCCCCUGCUAAUCAUUAAAUUUUCUGUUUCUGUGGAUUUUCUAUAAACAUAGAACCAAGCGACA